AUGAAAUACAAGGGCUUAGUAGACCCAAAAAACAAGCCGUUCGGCAACCUGCUACCUUUCGAGGUGCACGUAAUCAUUAUGUUCUGGACCCAAUGUUUCACGACAAAUGACAGAAGGACAAAAAUGAAUGAAGAAUUAACCCGCCUUCCCUGUUGCCUUCGCAAAUCUAUUCGAAUGUCCGUUGCAUUUUCGUUUUUAAGCGGCUACAAACGUUUUUCUUCUGCUAUGGAAAACAAACCUUAUUCUCGCUUUUACGGUUGUCCUCACUGUUUCAGAAGGAACACACAACAAGUGUCGGUAAGUGUGUUCAUCAAUUUCAUGCUUACCACUAAGAUUUUUUCUUUUUGUUGUAGAUUGAUAUGAUUGUGGCUAUGUGAAACGAAGAUAAACUAUAUGAUGCAACAUUUUUUUUCAUGCUUACCACUAAGAUUGUUUCUCUUUCUUGUAGCUUGAUAUGAUUGUCGCUAUGGGAAACGAAGAU